AUGUUAAAUUACUUGAAUGUUAUCUAAUUGAUUAUUAUGUCAAUUAAUAUGUUCACUGGAUUGAUUAGAGCAGGUUUGACUAUAACCAGAAAGAAAAAUCCUAUUGAUAACUUUAUAUUUUUAAUGUACUUUUUUGCAAUCCUUACACUUACAGCAGAAAUUAUUAAUUUGUUUUUAUGUAAAGAAACUUUUGAUAUACAUCCUAUAUGUGUUGGUACAUGGAUAACAUUUUCAUUAACAUUACAAUAAUCAUUAGCAUUUAUGGCUAUACUAUAAUUCUUAACUUUUUUUCUAUUAUAAACCUAAACAAAAGAAUUUCUUGAUGAAAUGAAGAAAUCUUAAAAAUAAUUUGUAUUUUUUGCAAUUAUUGUGCCUAUUAUAUUUAAUUUAUUAAAUCUAUUUGUCUAUGAUUCAUAUUAUAGAAUAUUUUAUCCACCAAAUAAUAGAUUUUAAGUUAUUGUAUUAUUUGCACCUUUAACUUUCAUAUUGAUAAUAAUAUCAAUUUUUACAGGCUUAUCUAUUAAAAUGCUUAGAAUGUAUUAAUUAAUAAUUAAGUAGAUAAUAGUGCUUAAGAUUUUACAAUACAAUUUCGUUAAAAUUUUAUUAAAACUCUUAAAGUAGCAUUAUUUACAUAAUUAAUAUGUUAUACACCAUUUUUAUUGAUUGUAAUAGCAGCUCAAUUUACAAAUUCUCUUAAUGUUUAUUAUAAUAUACUAUUAGCUUUAAUUAAUACUUAAAUAUUAUAAUACAAUUAUUUAUUUGGUUUGAAUCCUUACAUAUAAAAAAUUUAAGUUUAUAAGAUGUCAAAAUUGUUAGGAAUUGCUGCAUCUGAUAUUGAAGAAAGUGAAUAAUAUUCCUAUGCUCAUACUUAAACUUAAACAUUUACAGAAACUUAAUUAACAAAUAAUAUAAGAAUUUCAGGUACUCCAUCAAAAGUUGCAGAAAUGGCAAUUUCUAGAGAUUCAUCCAACAUUAAAUCUGAAACACAAAAAUAACCUAAAGUUUUUGGUUCAGAAAAGUAAAAAGUAAAUAUAAUGGAAAUGAAACAGAAAGCCAAAACCUAUGUACCUAAUUGA